AUGCGCACUGCACCACCGAUCCCUGGGCUUUUCGUUCCACCCAUCAGAUUGCCUCUCGAACUGGCGAACGAUAUCGUUCAGCAGUGCAUGAGCCUUUACUUCGAUGGGCGAGACAUAAAUCAGAUCAUGCUCUUUGGACGCACAACAUCCGAGCAUGGCGAGAGUAUGGGAAGUGGCUUACCAACGUUUUUGAUCACACUCCUGCAUUGGCUAGCCGAUUUGUUGCGUGAUCAUCUACCCGAGAAAGUGCACGAAAUGUUAUUUCCUCCCAAGGAUGCGCCUCAGCGCGCACGGCAGGCGAUUCUGAACCUGUAUCAUCCUGGAGAAGGCAUCUCACCUCAUAUCGAUCUACUGAAACGGUUCGAUGAUGGAAUUAUAGGAGUGAGCUUUGGAAGCGGGUGUACCGUGCCGCUGGAUAGGGAUCAUUGGGACCUCUAUCUGGAAGAACGCAGUGUCCUGGUCCUAUCGGAGGAUGCGCGCUACGAUUGGACCCAUGGAAUUGAUGGAAAACCGAGGGACUUUGUCAGUGGAGGAGUAGACGGACAAGGAGAACCUGAGUGGAUCGAGAGGGGAACAAGAUUGAGCAUCACAUUCAGGUGGCUGUUGCCAGGAGCAGAUAUUGUUGGAGAACCUGAUCCAUGA